GAGUUAGCCGGGGCCGCGCGGGGACCCGCCGGGCGUUGCGGGAGUUCCUUCCUUUCUUGCUGCCCGGCCAUCUUGGAGGCGCCUCCCGCUCCCGCCGGACCCGACACGAGGCGGCAACAUGGUGGCUGCUAAAAAGACGAAAAAGUCUCUAGAGUCUAUAAACUCAAGGCUUCAACUGGUUAUGAAAAGUGGUAAAUAUGUUCUGGGGUACAAACAGACUCUGAAAAUGAUUCGGCAAGGCAAAGCCAAGUUGGUUAUCCUCGCCAACAACUGUCCUGCUUUGAGAAAAUCAGAGAUUGAGUACUAUGCUAUGUUGGCAAAGACCGGCGUGCACCACUAUAGUGGCAACAACAUUGAAUUGGGUACAGCCUGCGGGAAGUACUACAGAGUGUGCACAUUGGCUAUCAUUGACCCAGGUGAUUCUGAUAUCAUUAGAAGCAUGCCAGAGCAGACCAGUGAGAAGUAAAUGAUGUAAUGCUAUCUGUCUUUCUAUAAUAAAACUGGUUACAAACUUGUUUUAAAAAA